UGUUGCUACUCGGAGGAGAACGUUCGACUACAACAUUUCCACCUCCAAUUCGUUAAUCAUGUCAGAACAGAGACUAGAAAGAAUAAAGAAGUCCAUCAAUGCCGUGCCAGACUUCCCCAAACCGGGUAUUUUGUUCAGGGACAUUUUCCCGCUGUUUCAAGAUGUAUCCGUAAUAACGGAAACCAUUUCCAUGAUGGUUGAACACGUCAAAGAGAAAUUUGGCUCUGUUGAUGUUAUUGUUGGAUUAGAUGCAAGAGGCUUUCUAUUUGGACCAAUGAUGGCAGUCCAAUUGGGAUGUUCAUUUGUCCCUGUCAGGAAGAAGGGCAAGCUACCAGGGAAGUGUUUGCAAGUGUCAUACACACUGGAAUAUGGAGACAAUGUUUUGGAAGCUCAAGUUGGUUCCAUUAGCAAAGGACAGCGAGUGGUGAUUGUUGAUGAUUUAAUCGCAACAGGAGGAACAAUGAGAGCUGCCUCCAGCUUAGUCACCCAAAUGUCUGGAACCAUCUUGGAAUGUUUAGUUCUUAUCGAGCUCUUGGACUUGAAGGGAUCUGCAACUCUGAAACACCCAUUCCAUAGUUUCUUGGAGUAUUAGAAGGCUUACAAUUUCAUCUCUAAAAGGGCUAGGCCAUUUUCAUUCAAUGAUCUUCCCUUCAACGGAACUCUGCAAAAUCCUACUAGGAGAUAUAAACGCCAAGCUGGCAACAGCCUCUUGCUCAAACAAACAUUGGUUUAGCAUCUGUUAUUAUGAGUUGCACAA